GCUUAUGAAUUCGAGAUCAAUAAUUUGUGGAAACAACCACAAAUGAAUUCGUUCGAAGUUCGUUCGUGAAUUCGUUUUAAGUUAAUGUUACAAAAUGAGAAUAUAAUAGCAGAAACUCGGCAGCUUCGAAAACUUCUCAUUGCUUUUUGUAAACCAUCAUUACCCACAACAAGUGACGGCGGACACAAGUUUUUUUUUUCAUAACAUUCACGGAACAGUUUAUGUUGUGCCUAAACCGGAACCCAAUAAAAGUAUCGACAAUUGGCGAGUAACUGUGUAAAUGUUUGAAGAGACGAAUGAUGUCCCUAGUGAGCUCACGCCCUUGAAGCAACAGAAACGUACUCCACCACAAUAUCAAAUUCAUUUCUCCGAUGCGGAUUCGGUUUACGGCAAAAGAAUUCAUAAUUCUUCGUGCAACAACGGUACAACAGUCUUGGGAUCGGAGGUGAAUAGUGAACAUCUUAUAAUCAACAGAACUACUAUCGACCGUAAAAUGGAUGACACAAAAAGAAUUCUUCUUAAAGUCGGAUUCGACUUUUUAAUCUUAUGCUGCGUCGGGUUCCCGAUUCUUAUAUUUUUCGUGGUUGGAGAUCCGUUCAAACGUGGCUUUUUCUGUGACGAUGAAUCCUUAAUGCACCCAUUCCAUGAAUCAACCAUAACGAACUGGAUGCUUUACAUAAUUGGCAUCGCUCUUCCUAUCAUUGUGAUUGUUAUCACAGAAGUAAUUAGAUCUAAAAUGAAGCAUACUCAAGUACAACCCUUAAAAGUUUUCAACGCCAACAUUCCGUUCUGGGUCGUGCAAGCUUAUAAAUCAAUAGGCAUGUUUGGAUUUGGGGCAGCCGUCAGUCAGCUACUCACCGACGUUGGCAAAUAUACAAUUGGACGUCUCCGACCACAUUUUUUUGAUGUAUGUCAACCAAUGAUGCCGGACAAAUCUACUUGCCAUGAUUCCAUCAAUCAGGGACGUUAUAUAACCGACUUUGUGUGUAAUAGUGAGAAAUCCUCCAAACGCAUGCUCAAAGAAAUGCGAUUGUCAUUUCCUAGUGGCCAUUCCAGUUUCUCGAUGUACACCCUAGUAUUUUGUGCAAUUUUUUUGCAGGCUCGUAUGAAUUGGCGCGGGUCGAAACUUUUGAAGCAUUUCUUUCAAUUUUUAUUGAUUCUACUUGCCUGGUACACCUGCCUCAGUCGUAUUUCAGAUUAUAAGCAUCACUGGUCGGACGUUUUAGCAGGAGGUGUAUUAGGAGCAUCGGUUGCCGUUGUGGUGUCAAAUUUUUGUACUAAUUUAUUUACUGUGGAACGAAAACUCGGUUUGAUGACUCUCCCUCAAACCCGCUAUGAGCUUAGCACAAAUCAUACUGGAACGGGUAAUGGUAGCCAAUAAAUUAGUUAUAUAAGGAUGAGUUGCAAGACGAACUCGCUGAGUAAUUUUAACUUAAAACAUCCCAGAAAGGGCAUAGUUUUUAAUACUUCAAAACUUUAGUAUUACAAAACUCGUAUAUCGUGUUGCGAAUGUUGGCCCAUAUUAAAAUUUAUGGUAAAUAUUGUUUAUCAAUAUAUUAUUAGAAGACUAGUAAUUUAUUUUGAUUAUUGUAAAACUACUAUGUUGGCACAUACGCAGUCGUGUUUCGAAUAGUAAAAGUUGAAAACGCUAGUAUUUUAAAAUGUUAUACAACAAAGAAAUGGUAAACAGUUUACAACAGUUGUCAAAGAAACAAUAAUCAAAAUCAGCUAUCCUCAACCCAGCUAGAUUCAAAUCUGAAACAUACUUCUAACGGUUACAAAAUUUCAGGCUAUGUAUUGAUUAUAAACAAGAGCUGUCAAAUACAUAA